AGUCUCUUAUUUGUCGCAAAGUUAUAAAAAUCCCGUAUUUGCGUUCCGUUUAAGAAAGUAGCUACUGUACUGAGUAUUUUCUUGCUUCUGUCUGAAGAAUUGGCAUCCUGAAUCCGAAAACCAGCACCACUGGUCAAAAAUCAAAAUGGCCCUGCUACUUCCAAUAGAUCAUCUCCUCUUUCGGCGACAACUGAUGCUCCUCACGGCCGGCUUGCUAUUCCUGACGCCGACCUGCUUGCUCCCCUUUCAUAUUGAUGCGCCAUCUACAUGUUCAUCCGCACCAGUCGGAGGUGUCUAUGCCGCGAAAUUCAACAGUCUCAUAGCUGGUCCCCGAGCAGCAAAUAAACAUAAAGCCACGCGUCCCCGGACCCCGCUUUCCCAUCCCCCAAUCGAAACCUCCGUCGGUUCGGUUGGACACCCGUUGACGUGCGGCGAGGCGUGCAAGUACGCGCGGAAGCCGAAGGGGUGCAAGGACGGAGCGCACUGCAAAAGGUGUCAUCACUGCGUCUGGAGCCGGUAUUGGAGUAAAGAGACGACAUUCGGAAUUAAUGGUAGUUGCGGUGGAAAUGCUGGUGCAAGAACCACGGCGACCGCCGCCACGGCAAGAGGAACUCCUGCGCUGCCACAGGAACAGCAGGAUUAUGAGAACAACUUCGACCUAUUCCAAUUCCAGUGCAUGCCGUGUGGUUCUGUUGUGCCACAUCAAUUGCCGUGGUGCGUGCUACCGCAACCGGAACAAACUGUUGGUGGAGAUGAACACGCAGUGAGUGGAACACCAACCCAUCAAGAAAAAAGCCACUGUGUCAAGACGCCAAACACUUCUACAACGCCGCAAUGCGUCGAAAGAAGUAGCCCUGGGUCAACAUCAACAGGAACGCCACCUACCAGCGAAGGAGCCACGACAGGUAAUUACCUGACGCCCGAGUUCCCGCCUGCGACACCACAGGUAACUAUGCAGCUCGUACCGGUCGUGUUUUGCAGCCCUUCCUCGUGGCACCACCAGCCACCAGAGGAACAGCAAUGCUUCGGCUUUUUUCCACCCUCGUGCGCGAUGAAUUUUGAUCCGUCAACACCGUUGUUCCAGGAACAAACAGCAGCGGGUUCAAGCUGUUCCACCAGUAUGACAACAUUUCUACCGUCGGCCGACAGCAGUGGGUCCUCUAUGACUUGUUCGAGCGAGGUUCCGCUUCCGUCGUCUUCUACGGCCGGGGCCCCUCCGGGACAUUGGGAAGCUGUCCCCGCCAGCGGAUUGAUGAGCAACUUUAGCCACGACCACGAAGAACUGCGUGCAGGAGCAGUGGAGAAGGAAACGCAAGAGCGCCGUGGUCUUCCACAGCACCCAGCGUCGUGUAGUAGCAACACCACAGGCGGCCCAAUCUACUUCGAUCCAACGGUGCUUCGUUUCCAAGCACCACAGCAGCAAGCUGGACUCCGUUUUGCCGAACAGGAAAUGCAACGGCGGCUUCCGUGUAACAAUUCCGGCUUCGAUCCGCGAUUGCUUUGCUUUCAAGGACCAGAACAGCAUCAAGGUGGACGAACUCCUUUUUCAGAAGCGGAAAUUAAUGUGCUACGGCAGCAGGCGGUCAGCGUGUUUCAAGAGAAGAACAAAGACGCGGAACAACAAGAGAGGAAGGCGCAGCUUUCGUUUUCAUCUUCAGUUGAUAGGCCGAGCCACCACAUGAUCAUGCGUGAAGAAGCCGGGAAGCGGACCUACUCAAAAGCUGCUGCUACUGUUGCUGCACCAGCGACCACAGGAAGGGGGCAGAAGGUCUCGAUGAAAACAGAUCUUCAACCUAAGAGGACUACGGCUGCAAGGGCCCCGGCCGGGAACAAGACCAUUUGUAGUUCUGUGUCUACUCCAUCUUCUUUGCGAUAUGAGUGUAAGAGGAAUGGAGCGUCGUCUAGGCCGUCAAGACGGAGCAGCAGAAGCCCUUCUCCGACUUCCGCUGCGAGUUGUAGGGCAACCCAGGAAGUAGAGAGGGUCAAACACAGUCAAGAGCCGCCGGAACAAGGACCCGCAGGCGCAUGUGAUCUUCUUACGCCACAACCUUCUUGCAGAAGUAACGCCGCGUCGAAAACACCUACAGCAGGAGCAUCCUCUUGUCCCUCACGUCUCAUACACGCCUUGCACAUCGAACCUGGGAAGGAAAAAGAGCGAAAAGCCUUUCGUGUUUCGUGGGCCGAUUUGACCAGUGACAGCAGCUCGGAAGGGGAAAGUGGCACAAAGAACAAAACACGAGUUCUUUUGCACGACCGGAGGAAACAAGCUAGGGAACAGGUUUUGAAGUUCCACCGGUCCAUGCUGAAGCAGGGAAUAAAUCGCGACGAAGUUGUAGAUGAGCAGGGGGCGGGCGUGCGUGAUGUGGUGCAGAAUGCGACAACGGUAGAACUUGUAUCACAACGGGCGGACCAGCAACAUAACACGGUCGUGACGAUGCACAACAAUAAGAAUCUAUCGCGGGCCAGCACCAUGGACAACUUCGGGACCACGGGAAGUUCUUGUGCGGAGGAGGAGGAGGCGUGCAGCCCGGAUUUAUUGUCAGAGGACGAGAAUGCACAAGCACCGCAAUGACGUAGGUGUCGUUCUCAGUAGGAGGUUUUAUCUAGAGUAAAAACUAGAAGUAUAUAAUACGCAAAGUGAAAGUUAGUUAUAAUGCGAACGAGCAGACACAGACAGACGGCUCCGACUGAAGACCGUCUUGAUUUCUUCCCUGGUAUGAUAGAUUGAUCUAAUGACCAGUUGACUUUUUGAUCGUAUGAGAUGGGCCAAUGUGAAUUGAUAACUCUGAAAGUAAACAGCUAAAGUAUUCUGUCUUCAACGACGUGCACACGACGUAUCUAUGUAUGAUGAAAACAGGACGGGCACACACACAGUAAAUAAUUAGUCUCAAAAAGUAGAUUCCGAAUUGUACCUAGGAAGUCGAAAAAUGAAUUUAUUGUCAAUACGCCAACAAGAAGCGGCCUUCUCUUGUCCGCACAGUGGCCACCGUGAAUCGAGUUUCUGCACUGGGAUUUCGCUCCGAAAGGUUGUUACAUGACACAGACUACUUUUUCCUUCCUCCAGCAUUAAUCUACAGCGUUAUGCAUAGACCUCUUUUUAUACUCAUGAACGAAGAUUGUUGAGUUCCACUUCCAUCCAUGUCGAAAUGAUGAGUUCCAUAGAAGGAAAUCCACUUGCACUCAGAAUGCGCCAUUAUCCAGCGAUGUUUCGUGCGCUAACUGUGUGUGAAAGCUCCGGUUCUGUGGUGUUGUAGCCAGUCAGUAAAAAGAUCAAGAACGACCUGGGGCUUUGAACAUACUCAUGUGCAUCUGAAGUCGAGAACGAAAGCAGUUUGAAUGGAGAAACUGGAGCACAAGAAAAGACGGCAAAUAUAUUAUUCAC